GUGUAGUUUUCCCGUGUUUCGUUGGCCAAAAUAUGAAUACAAGAAGUAAUAGGUACCAAGGGGGAAAUUAUCCAAAGAUGGCCUCAAUAAAACCUAGCAGUGUCCAGUCCAUGUCCCGCCCUUGCUUUCAGAACCUCUGCAGCUUCAAUUGAUCAAAUGGCAGAUGAAAUAUAUAAGGAAAAUGACCUUGGUAAUGUGUACGACACAAACAAUGUGCACGGCGCAGUGGAUGCACAUACCGUGGAGAAUACCCAUGAGACGGACAAUGCACAUACCAUGGAGAAUAUCCAGGAAAUGCACAAUGCACAUGAGAACUUGCCUCUAGAAGAGGUAAAAUUGGAACCAGAAGAGGUACAAGUUGCAUUCCUUCAGGAACAUCCAGUAAAACUGGAACAAGAAGAGGCACAAGUUGAGUCCUUUCAGGGACAUGAUAUAAAAUCGGAACCAGAAGAGGUACAGGUUGCUGAAAACGGUUCAGGAGGUGGUGAGGAAAAAAGAUGGCCUGGUUGGCCUGGAGAAAAUGUCUUCAGAAUGUUAGUUCCUUCUCAGAAGGUUGGUGGUAUCAUUGGACGCAGAGGAGAGUAUAUAAAAAAAACCUGUGAAGAUACAAAAGCUCGCAUUAAGGUUCUUGAUGGUCCUCCUGGUACUACCGAAAGAGCUGUGAUGAUAUCUGCGAAGGAAGAGCCUAGCCUCUCCAUUCCGCCUGCUAUGGCUGGCCUUUUAAAGGUCCAUAAGCGGAUUAUUGAUGUGGAUCGUGACUCCACCAAUGCUCCUUCCGGUGCUGGUAAGCCAGCUUCUACUAGACUACUUGUGGCUGCUACACAGGCUGCAAUCCUGAUCGGAAAGCAGGGUGCAACUGUUAAGUCUAUUCAAGACGAAUCUCGCUGCACUAUUCGAGUACUUGGAGGAGAGCAUCUUCCUGUUUUUGCCCUGCAUGAUGAUAGUAUUGUUGAGAUACAAGGAGAGCCAGCAGGCGUGCAUAAGGCAGUUGAAAUGAUUGCAGUUCAUCUAAGGAAAUUUUUAGUUGAUCGCAGUGUAAUUGGAGUAUUUGAGAAACUAAUGCAAAUGCCAAAUGCUCAUGCACACCAGAAUAUGCCUCCGCCCGGACCUACCCAAGCUUGGGGUCCACCUCCAUCCAGUUUUCCCAUGAGUGCUGGGGGGCCUGGAUUUGGAGCCAAUCAUCAGUAUAUGCCACCUCCGCGUCAAUUUGACAAUUAUUUUCCCCGAGUAGACAUGCAUCAAGAUAGGCGGCCUCAUCAGGGCCCCCCUGUUUAUGGCAGAGAUGCUUCAGUGGGAGCUCAUGGAAAUGCACAACCACAACAAUCCAUAGUUUCAAAGGUCACACAAAACAUACAAAUCCCCUUGUCAUAUGCCGAUGCUGUUAUUGGGGCGUCUGGUUCAAAUAUUAGUUAUAUUCGUCGGGCCAGUGGCGCAACUAUUGCAGUACAGGAAACGAGGGGUGUUCCUGGUGAGAUGACUGUUGAGAUAAAUGGGUCUGCAUCACAAGUCCAAACAGCACAACAAUUAGUUCAGAAUUCCAUCGCCGAUGCUACUAGCUCAAUGCAGAACACUGCUGCUGGACCACCUUCCCAAGGUUAUAAUCCCUAUCCUUCUCAGGGUCCUAUGUACUCUUCAUCCACUGGUCAUGCGCCAGCUGCAGAUUAUGGUUCUGUUUAUGGAGGCAGCUACGGUUAUUAAAGGAUAUCCAGCUCAAACCACCACAAGAACUGAGUCUUCCUUCAGCUGCUAGGAAAUUUUAGCUCUUUAGUUAGAUGUAUCUCAUGAUUUCUAGCAGUUGAGAAGUGAAUUGCUGGUUAACUUUUUGUAAUCUGAUUGUCCUGUUUAUUUUCUUGUCUUCCGCGUUCUCAACUGUGCAAUCAUAUUUUUUAUUUUGACCAAAUUCAACAACUAAUGCUAGUUGCUUCUCUAUAGUAUUUUUUUGGUAA